UAAAAUGAUGAUUCAUAUUCAACGUUUAAUUUUGACUAUUGAAACUCGAGCUCAUAAAGGACUUCUUAGGAUUGCUAUAAAUGGACUUAAAGAUGAUGAUGGGAAGCCAGUAACUGAAGGACAGAGAAUUGGCAGUCAACAUAAAGCUUUGGACACUUUGAUUUGGAUUUUGGAGGAAUGGAAGUCUAAUGUCCACUCUUCUGAGCUUCAAAAGCUUACACGAAACGCUAUCGAUCUCUUCUCUGAUUUGUUGUUAGACUCAAUUCCUUCUAUUUUACAAAGUGCUUAUGUCAAUUCGUCUUCACGAACAAUUUCUCAUAAAUGGACUAUUCUUUUGUGUGACUUUAUUCAAAUAAUUCAGUGGCCACCGACUGGACUUUCUUUAAACAAAGCUUUUCAAUUCAUGAACACUUUAUUUGUUGGAUUAACUAAAUUAUUGGAGGAAUUAUUUAAAGUUCAGCGUGCCAGUUCUCUGCAUUGGCUUUUUGUUCUAAUUGGUUGUGUUGUUGAGGAUUGUACAAUCACUCCUCUUUCUGCCAAAUUUCCUCAGUUGGCAGAUUCUGCAGAUAAAUUUAUGCUAAAAUGCGUUGAAGUGUUGACACUUAUUGGUCGAUGUUGGUCUAAACAAUGGACAAAUAGUUUACACAGCAAAUUAUCGAGAGAAUAUGGACUUUCUGGAUUUAUUUUUGAUGAGACAAUGUUCGAUUUUCCUGUAAAAGUUCUUUCGUCUGUUUCUGGAGUUCUUCAACCUCCUUCUACAGCACAAUUAGAUCAACAACAAUCGAAUUUGAAGAAGGGAUGUCUCAGCAAACAAAAAGCUUCCAAAAAUGCAACUUCGUUUACUACUUCCCAACAGCCAAAACUUGUUUGGGCUACUGCGAAACCAUCAUUUGAUGAAAUUUAUACUGAAGACAAGCAACAGAGCUCACCUUGGUUUGCUGCUCCGGGUAUUUUUUUUCAUUUUUUUAUGAAAAAAUUUGUUUUUUCAGGAUCUCCUUAUAUUCCUCCUCCAAGUUUUACUGGAAAUUUUUCUGUAGAUCAAGAUCUUUGGAAAACAACUCCCUCAGCAAACACUUUCCAGCAAUGGACAAAUACUCCAAUUUAUGAUUUUGGCAAUUCUAACUUGAUUAGUGAUUUAAUUGAAGAUUCUAAAUUUGCAAUUGAGCAGACAAAAUUAGCUCUUGAACAAUCUAAACUUUGCCGUCAAAUGGUCGAAAAUCAAACGUCAUCAGCUGCCAAUACAUCGAGAGUUUAUUCAGAAAAUAACAAGUUUCCAUUGACUUUUUGCUCAACAGCUUCGAUUCUUUCUGACUAUGCAAUUGAUGAAAUGGAUUGGAUGGAUAUGUUUUUUAUUGACGACAGUACAGAUUGUAAUCUUCGAUUUUAUGGUGAUAUUUUGAACAAUGAAAAUGGUCAAGGCUCUAAUAAUGCCAAAAAUCCUCACAAAAAUAUUUUUCCAAGUGUCGGAUUAUCUUCUGAAUGGCCUAAAAAUCUGUCAGGAAAUAUGCUUCCAUCAACUUAUGGAGAUCUUAGCGGUUAUCAAACUGCUUGGAAGGAUACAAACGACACAAACAAAAAUGGAAAUCCUUCCACUAGUUCAUCUCUUCAUCGCCAUCAUUUAUUAAUGAAUCACUUGACAGGAUUGUUGGAAACGGAGCCUUUAAUUUUUUCUUGUGUUUAUGGUACAGACCACAUUCGAGUUCUGAAUGAACAGGAAAAUGAGAAUUUUGAUCUUCCUACUACGUUUUCUUCUGAUUUGAACAAGAAGGGUGAAACUUGUGAUGAUGGAAGAGAACAAAUGGAUAAAGUUGCUGAUAUUUAUUCACUCAAACACCAGCUUCAAUAUCAGCAACAUCGUCUUAAGAAUCGCCAACAACAAAAAUUUUCUACAAAUUCUGUAAACGAUAAUAAUUCUAAUAAUGCUUUAAUGGAUAUAUUUGCUGCAGCUUCGGUUACAGAAAAUUCAACUUUGGACAAUAAAAAGGAAAAUGAAUCAACUAAAGAAUUGGAUACUGCAAAUGAAGUUGUAGAUGUUAUAAAUACUCAAUCGGAAGUUAAUGUUAAUUCACAAUUACCUUCUGGUGAGAAUACUCCAGCAACUCUUGGACUUUCCUCUGCGAGUACUUUUGGAGUUCCAACUACCCCAAAAACUACACCUUUCCAAUUGACACCAACUCCACUUUCGCCAAUUGGUGGUAGUGAAGCUGAUUUGGAAGAAUUAGUGAUGUUGACUGGUGAAAGUGAUAUUAAUCAUCAAAAAUCUGAGUCUCUUCCAAUACAAAACGGAUCUGUCACUCAAACACUUAAACAAUUAAAUCGGAAAUUUUCUCCACAUUCUUCCUUCUUUACUCAACUUCCACGUAUUUCUUUAUGUAUUGAUAGAAUGACAGCAGGAGCUCAAAAAUUUAUUGUUUUGGAUUUCGGAUAUAGAGUUAUGUUGAGUGAUUUAAUUGUGCCUGCUUCAGAAUAUAUGUCUUCAUUACGUAUUGAUGCAUGGUUGAAGGAUGAAAAGACAGACAGUAUUUUUGUUGCUAGCACUUCAGAAAUUGGGGCAAAAUCUUUGACGAUCAGUGAUUUACUUCCACCGAUUAUUUGCAGAUUUUUGAAGUUAUAUAAUGAACCUUGUACAGUUAAUUUGGGACAGUUUUUUGGAGCAAAAAUGGUUGAUUUUGAGGAGGAUUUGGAGGAGAACAAUAUACUUUCUGAACUCAUCUUUUUGAGUGAUUCGUUAAAAGUUGCUUACGAGUGUUCUGCAAAUGCUAUUAAGGGCAUACUUCGUGAUGAUGGAAACCCAACUUUUGAACAAAUUCGGCGUCGUUCAAUUCGUCAGCAAUACAGGGAAUGCUUUGCUCUUCGUCUUGAAUAUAAUAUUGUGAGAAAUCUUAUCACACGAAUUCAAAUGGACAAUAAAGUAUUGGAUGAAAAUGAAAAGAAGGAAUUAAAGCAACAACAAUCUGGUUGGAGUAUGAUCGGUUUGGAACAGUUAGCUGUAAUGGCACAUCGUUUAAUUGCUUUAUUGAAUUUAUUCUCAGCAUUUACUGACGCGCGUAAAAUGAUUGUGCUUCCACCUACAAAUCAGUCCAUACCAACUGUUUCUAUUUCUCAAAAUAAUUUACUUUCAUUGGACACUGCUGUUUUACAUUUUGGCCUCUUUUGUAUGGAUUCUUUGCCUAGACUUAGAGCCGAAUGUAUUUCUUGGCUUUUUCAUUAUGGUGUUUAUACGAAUUGGUGGGGGAAAUUUUUUGUUGAAGUGCUCAAUCAACAUUUUGCUUCAAAAAUGUGUCAAAAGAAUUUGGAUAGUGCUUUUAUUAUCUUGUCGUAUUUGUGCAGCGAGACUGUUAAAUAUCCACGUUUCCAGACUAACAUUAUUGAGCAAUUGGUCCUCUCAGUUCUUGCUCAAUUGGGUGUUUCUUCUACGGACAUUGACAUCAAUUUAAGCACUUUAAAACAGCCAAGAAGUGUUAAUUUCAAAAUACUUCUUUCUUGGACGCUUAUGUUAAUCUCUUCUGCUUUUGAUAUUAUUAUAUCUAAAAAGCGUCAAAAUGAUCGCUGGUUAUUUUUGGGUGGAGAUUUUGGACCAGCAAAUUCUGGCACCGCAGACCAAUUUAAUGCCACAACUUGUCCAACUCUUCAACGUGGCUAUGCUAUUAAAAAGAAAUAUGGAACUGCAAAAUUUGCGGGCCCUUCAAGCUUUGUAAAUGUUCCAAAUGUCGCUCCCUCUAGCAGUUCACAGUCAAAGAUGAUUACUCCUGUUAAGAAUCACUACAAGACAUUGAUUGAUAAAUUGGAGAAAAUGAAGCAGAGCGAAACGAUUUCACUUGCCAAAUUGGAAAAACUUAAAGUUCAUCUAAUGCAUAUACAAUCACUCUACUCAAACUUCAACCAGUUGAGUGCUGAAGAUAAGGAAAAAUCUGGCAAAUUUCCUGAUAAAUCUGGUAAAACAUCUAAAUCACCGGCUAGUACCUCUGCUGUAAUUCCUGAUACAAAAUCUACAAAAACACGUCAAUAUAGUAUUCAUCUUCGAUUGUCACCACAAUUAUGUCGUCUUUUUGUUAAAAGCUUAUUGCAGCUUUUAUGUGAACAUUCGACUGAUGCAACUCAGCUUCAAAUACAAACUUUGUUGCUUGUCAUCGCAAAAAUUUGUGUGCAUGGUAGUGCUCAACCAAUUCCAGUUUCUGUUGCUUUUGAUACUCAUUUACAGCAACUUUUUAGUCUAGCAUUUAAUGAUUUUGACGAGCCGUGGAUACGUCAUGCAUUGUUGAGCAUGCUCUUGGAUAUAAGUGAAGCAGAAAUUCGUUCAUUAAGCCGUAUUACAAAUGUGGAUUCGUCUGGAAAUUCGGCAAAACGCGACGAGAAAAUGGAUACAGAAGGUUGUUGUGCUGGUGCCUUUUCUUCAAUGAAUGAUGCAAAACGUCGGAAAGAAGAACAAACUACAAAUGAUUUGCCAGUAUCUGACGGUACUUCUGAGAAAAUUCUUCAACAAAUUGAAAAAACAAUAAAUGAAACCUUGUUUAAUGAUGAUGAUGAAAUUAUUGCUGAGGAUGUUAUUCCAGAUGAUACAGCACCAAUUGUUGAUGAGGGUCAUAAUCAAUUCUUUGACAAUUUAAUUGACACAACUCUUUCUGAAGCAACAACAAUGGCAGCUGCUAAUUUGGCUCCUUCCUCUACUUCAAAUUCUCAAAAUGUUAAAGCCACAGAAUCUACUUCAAAUCGUUCAUCUGAAAUUUGGCAAUUUGAUCUUAUUGCUCUUCAAAUGUUCAAUGUUUCUCGUUUGAAUUUAGCUAAUAACAUCAAUAUUCAACCAAUUGCCCUUUCUGUUGAUUUGCAAUAUGAUUUUUGUGUUUCUGAAAAACAAGCAAUUACAAAUUGUAAUGAUUCUGUAUUUUUACAGGAUACACUUAUAAGAAAUUCUUUUCGUCGUCUUUUACUUCUUCGUUCUCUUCCACCAAGUAAUUCUUCAAAUGAUGAAAAUGUUAUGAAUGAAGAAAAGAGAGAUGAAGCCAUAGGUCAAUGUAUGCAAACAAUUAUGGGUGCAAUUGAUCAACUUUUUACUAAUCUUCGUGCUGACAACAAAAAUAGCAAUGUUCGACCAGCAUUUGUUGAACGUUUGUUAGAUUUUUAUUGGCAGUAUCAAUCAAAUAUUGGUGCUUUCCUCAACUCUAAAAGCAAUUUAUCUAUUGCUAAAUCGCCUCUUUUUACUGUCCCAGCUUUGAGCGAUAAUGCUGCAUGUUCUCUUAUUUCAUAUGCUGCAGAUAACCCUUUUAUUUCUGAACUUGUUUGGACUCGAGUACUUACAACUUUGAAUACUUCAAUUCAAAAAAUGCCUUAUUUAAUUGAAUCAAUUGUUGGUUCUGGCAAACUUUUUGGAUUUUUCCAAUAUUUUUGCUUUAUUGGGCCAAGCUGUCGAGUUCCAAAUAUGCCGCCUAAUACUGAAAUUGGACCAUCAUUGGAUUCUGUCUUUGAAUAUUUUGUGCAUUUACUUAUUAAUAAAAGUAAUUCUUCGCUUGUAACCUUAGUUGUUGACAUUCUUCUUGAUGUUUUAAUUUCUGUUUUUUCUAAAAGAAAUUUCAUAACUUUGAGCAAAUUCUCACUUGGUGCUCUUCUCAAAAUAUCUAGCGUUCUAGCUCAAUUUACUCAAAAAUAUGUCAACAAUUGUAGUCUUCCAAAAGUUGCUCGUCUCUAUUGUGUAUUACUUGCUUAUUCAAAGAAAAUGGUACAACGUGCAGUUGAUCCAGAUGCUCCAGGACAAUUUUUGCCAGGAGAGGAGGAGAAUACUUCCUCUGUUUCUUCUAACGUGUUUGGAAUAUAUAGCCAUUAUGGAAAUGGACAGUCAUUUUCUGUAAUUAAUGCACCAGCAAAAAAUAUUUGCUUCAGCAAUAUGGAUUCUGAAAAUCAUUUUGGAAUUACUAAUGAUCCUCUUGAUUAUAUUGGAGGUCCAGCAAUAUCUUCAUACGAAAAAAUGGAUGGAAAAAUUGAUGGAGGGUUUAAUAGUUGUUGGGGUGUUUCUACUCCUCCGUUUUCUUCAACAUUUUCUUCAAGCGGUAUUCCAAUUACUUCAUCACUUUCUAAGAAAAAAGUUACACCUAAAACAACAAAAUCUAUGGCGCAAAAACAGAUUGGGAUUGGAUCUAUUUCAAAUAUGCCUGUUGAUGAAGAACAUCUUGAAAUAAUAGAUCAAAAUGAUUUGGCAACUUCAUAUUUUGGAAUGUGCCCAACUGCUUGGAUAACUGUGGGGCCUGGUUCGAUGCCUCCCCCACCACCACCUCAUUAUGGAGUUCCAUUUCAUUCAUGGACUGGAACGUCUUCAACUCGUAAAGGAACUAAAAGGAUGGAAUCUCCAUCUGUUGUGGUUAUGCAUGCCAAUAAAAUUGAGACUGUUUUGUGUAAUUUGUUUAAAUCAAUUUGUGUUGUUGCUCGUGAUAAUCAUAAUUUAGCUCAAAUGCUUCUUGAAGACGAUUUAAAUGUAUUUUUGUCCGAUUCUUUUGAAUUUUUGUCAUAUUGUGUAUUAAAUAAUGGACAGACAUUGGAUAGCGUUUCAGUUGAAAAGUGGAAGAUUGUUUCACUUGCUGAUGCUAUUCUGUUUUCUGUUUUGACAAUCACUAAACAUAUGGAAAUUAAUAUGUUUACGAGUGACACAGAUGAUGAGUCAUCCCGUCGUUUAAUGCAACUUUUGGUUCAAAAUUUGGUUAAAUCGAAGGUAUCAAACGCUGCAUCAGGCCAAAGUUCAAAUAUGGAGACACGUGGUAAUUGA